ACACACAGAUAACUAUAAACAGAGAGUGGAGGGACACAUGCCUUCUCUCUGAAGAAAAGAUUCACUUCACUCAAAAAGACUUGAUAGUUGAUACUUGCAACCAUAGCAAGAAAGAGCUUCCCACUCAGUAAUAUAAAUACAUUCAAAGGUGUUUUGAAAGUCUAUUUUGUUGAACUACCUCAUGAUAAGCAAGGUUUAGAGUGUUCGCCAGUUCUUUCAAGACUUGAAGAACGAUUAUAGCAGAUGCAAAAAGAAAUUACUGCUACUAUUUUCCCUUCUCACCGGCGACCACCGUGGCUGGAGCCUUCGGACGUGGGGUAGAUUGGCUAAAAAUCAAUCUUUUCAAGCUGUUACAAAUUGUUGUUGGUGUUGCAAAUGCGUGGGAAUGCAGACAAUACCCAUCCCCAAUCUUGUUAUUACUCAUCAUGGUGAAACAUUAUAGUUUCACCAUUUGUAGUUUAUGCCCUCCCGCUUCAGUGCGCAGCCAAGAAACCUUCCUCUGUCCCAAAUUCAGAAGUUCAUACCUAAAAAGUGGAGGAGUGUCAGAGAAUCAGACCCCCGAAACUGUGGCCAGUCCUUGCUGUGUAGUUCUCAUGAAUGUAUUUCAGGGCCUUGUAAAAGUAAUGAAACUAUGGUGGAUUGCCUACUGACAACCUUGAAGGACUUUGCGGGCCAAGGUCACAUAUGCAAAGCCUUUAGAACUUUUUCUCUAAUUCAGACUCAUGUCUCCUCUCAAACCCCUUGUGAUCUUGUUAUACAAUCAUUAGCAUCUCUUUUAUUAUGUUGUACUAAUAGUGAGUCACUUUCCGAAGGGAAACAGCUUCAUGCCUGCAUUAUUAAUUUGGGCGUUGCACAUAGUUGGAAUUUGGUACCAAGGAUAAUUACCUUUUAUACGACCUUUGGUUUACUUGAUGAUGCUCAUGUAAUUGCCGAAACUUCAAAUAUUUUGCACCCUCUCCCUUGGAAUCUCCUUAUUUCUUCUUAUGUUAGAAGAGGGAAAAAUGAAGAGGCAUUCUCUGCCUAUAGGAAGAUGGUGAAUAGAGGUAUAAGACCCGAUGAAUUCACUUAUCCAUCUGUUCUAAAGGCCUGUGGUGAACAAUUAAAUCUUGCUUUUGCCCGGGAUAUUCACAGAUCUAUAGAUGCUAGUUUCCUAGAGGGUAACUUGUUUGUCCAGAAUGCUUUAGUUUCCAUAUAUGCGAAAUGUGGGGAAGUGGAUGUUGCACGUGAUAUAUUUGAUAGGAUGCCAGUUAAGGAUGCAGUUUCUUGGAAUUCAAUGAUCUCUGCUUAUGCUUCCAAAGGUAUGUGGAGUAAAGCUUUUGAGCUUUUUGAUACAAUGAGGGCUACUGGUGCUGAAAUGAAUAUUAUUACUUGGAACACCAUAGCUGGAGGUUGCGUGAAGACGAGUAACUUUAUUGGGGCUCUUAAAUUGUUCUCUCAAAUGAGAACUUGUGGAAUUCAGCUAGAACCUGUGGCAACACUUAUUGGUUUGGGUGCAUGUUCCCACACUGGUUUGAUAAAAAUUGGAAAAGAAAUUCAUGGUUUAGUGAUUCGAAGUCACCUUGAUGAUUUUGAUAAUGUAAGAAACGCUUUAAUCAAUAUGUAUGCCAGGUGCAAGGCACUUAAGCAGGCGCACAUAUUGUUUCAGUUUGUUGGCUCUAAAACUGUAAUUACCUGGAAUACAAUCAUAUCUGGCUUUGCACAUUGGGACAGGUCUGAGGAAACUUCAUUUCUUUUCCGAGAAAUGCUGUUUUCUGGUGUUGAGCCAAAUUAUAUCACUAUAGCAGCCAUUCUCCCCCUUUGUGCUAGGGUGGCAAAUCUACAACAUGGUAAAGAAUUUCACUGCUAUCUUACAAGGCGUGAAGGGUUUGAGGAACAUUUGCUCUUGUGGAAUUCGCUUGUGGAUAUGUAUGCAAGAUCUGGAAAGGUAGUAGUAGCUAGAAAGCUAUUUAAUUUGAUGAGCAAGAAAGAUGCAGUUACCUACACUUCGCUGAUAGCAGGAUAUGGUAUUCAAGGUGAAGGAAGAGAAGCAAUUGAACUAUUUAAUGAGAUGGUAAGGCUCCAUAUAAAACCAGACCAUGUGACCAUGAUUGCUGCUUUGUCUGCCUGCAGUCAUUCAGGCCUUGUGAUACAGGGCCAGAAAUUAUUUGAACAGAUGCAAAGUACUUAUGGUAUAAGUCCUCAUUUGGAGCACUUCUCUUGCAUGGUUGACCUCUUUGGUAGGGCUGGUCUACUCAAAAAGGCAGAGGAAAUCAUCAUAAAGAUGCCUUAUGAACCAACACCUGAAAUGUGGGCAACACUCCUUGGAGCAUGUAAGAUUCAUAGGAAUACUGAGAUAGGAGAGUGGGCAGCUGAGAAACUGCUGGAGCUGAGGCCCGAUAAUCCUGGAUACUAUGUUUUGAUUGCUAAUAUGUAUGCGGAUGCUGGGUGUUGGAACAAACUGGCAAAAGUGAGGGCCAUCAUGCGGGAUUUCGGUGUAAGAAAGUCUCCAGGAUGUGCUUGGGUCGAUACGGGUUCUGGCUUUUCUCCCUUUUUGGUUGCAGAUACCUCCAGUGGCCAAACAAAUGAAAUUUAUUGUCUACUAGGAGGACUGAAUAGGCAAAUGAAAGACACUGGUCAUUUGACUACAGAGGAUUCUUCUUCCGAAGAAGAACUUUGUGAAGGACUCCUUUGACUAUUUCCAUAAGAACUUUGCUCAUCUUUCCUUUUGCAAGAUAUUUCUCAUCGCUCAUGCAGAAUAUGUGCCAGUUUGAUCAAACAUUCUGCGUUUUCUGCCACGGAUGAGGUAAAUGACUCUGGCAUUAAAUGCCCUCUUUUAUGCAUAUCAGCACCUUCUUUUAACCAUGUCAGGGAAAAGUUGGCAAAUACGUUGGCUUGUGAUUCUUGCAAUGCCAUAGUUGUCUUUUCGCUCCCCCUUGUCUGAAGGUCGGAUGAUUUUCUUGAUCUUUAUGAUCGCUGAUGAUUUUUUCUCUUUACGGGUUGCACGUUAUGGAGAGUAAGGGAACACUUUGAGAAUCUAUAUCAGUCUUCAAGGUAGAGGACACAGACUUUUUAAGCAGAAUACUGAUGAUAUUAGUUGUUCAAGUCUUAAAUGUAUUUUCUCAUUCUUUUGUAGGCGUUUGAUCUCAGUUAGAAUGCCCACGGUUCUUUCCCUGCAGCAUAUGUUUUCAUUUCGCAAGAUGAAUCCCUUGGUGCAGACUCAUUCUGUUCCAAAUAUUACUAUCGUUCAUUUUAUUACUGAUGCUCUUUAUAGGCUUGUUCAUCCUUUCUUGAUUUACUCUCUGAAAUCACAUGGUGCAGACUCAUUCUAUUCCAAAUAUUUUCUUUUGAUGUA